AUGGAUCACAGAAACAAGUCCCUAGUCACCAAGUUCAUUCUUCCCAGAUUUAAGAAUGAGACAGAAGUAGAAAUUCUUUUCUCUGCAUUCCUGCUCAUGUACAUGAUUGGAAACAGCAUGAUUGUCCUGUCGGUGUGUGGGUACUACCGUCUGCAUUCUUUGUCACCAUGUAUUUCUUUGUCACCAAUCUUUCUUUUCCUGGAAGUUGCCAAAGAUGCUGGCCAACAUGUUUUCCCUCACCAGAGCAAUAUCCUUUGCAGGAUGUCUCAGUCUUUCUUCUACUUCCUCCUGGGAUCUACAGAAUUCUUCAUCCUGGCCGUCAUGUCCUUCGAUCGAUACGUCGUCAUCUGUAACCCCCUGAGGUAUGCGAUGAUCAUGAACAAGCAGACGUGCAUAUUGCUGCUUCUGGGAUCCUACGUGGGUGCCUUUCUGUCAAUCUUGGCAUCAUCCAUCUUAACUGCCCCUCUGCCCUUUUGUGGGCCAAAUGUAAUCAACCACUUCUUCUGUGACAGCGCCCCUGUGCUAAAGCUGGUCUGUGCAGAUACCUCCCUGGCUGUGCUGGAAGACUUUAUUUCCUCUGUCCUGUUGCUCCUGGGAUCCUUGCUCCUGACAGAAGUGUCUUACACGUACAUUGUCAUUACCAUCCUUAGAAUCCCCUCUUCCGAGGGAUGCCAGAAGGCUUUCUCCACCUGUGUUUCACACAUCACCAUGGUUACACUUUACUAUGGAAGCUCCAUUUUCCUCUGUUUAUCCAAAAAAGGGCAGUGCAAUGAACAUCAACACAUUUGCCACAGUGCUGAACACCAUUGUAACACUAAUGCUGAAUCCUUUCAUCUACAGUCUCCAAAAUGA